CAGAUUUGAGAAGCAGGCGACAUAAUGCUGGGGAUCAGAGCUGUGAUGCUGCUAUUCCUGCUGCCCUGGACAGCUCAGGGCUGGGCUGUGCCUGGGAGUAGCAGCCCUUCCUGGGCUCAGUGCCAGGAGCUCUCACAGAAGCUCUGCACACUGGUCUGGAGAGCACAUCCACUAGUGGGACAUAUGGAUUUACUGAGAGAAGAGGGAGAAGAAGAGACUACAAAUGAUGUCCCCCAUAUCCAAUGUGGGGAUGGCUGUGAUCCCCAAGGACUCAGGGACAAUAGUCAGUUCUGCUUGCAAAGGAUCCACCAGGGUCUUAUUUUUUAUGAGAAGCUUCUGGGCUCAGACAUUUUCACAGGGGAUGAUGGUCCUGUGGGCCAGCUUCAUGCCUCCCUUCUGGGCCUCAGCCAACUCCUACAGCCUGAGGGUCACCACUUGGAGACUCAACAGACUCCCAACCCGAGUCCCAGCCAGCCAUGGCAACGUCUCCUUCUCCGCUUCAAGAUCCUUCGCAGCCUCCAGGCCUUUAUAGCUGUAGCUGCCCGGGUGUUUGCCCAUGGAGCAGCAACCCAGAGCCCCUGAAGGCAACAGCUUAA